UCUCACCCCUACCGCGUAGCCCUUCAGUUUUGUCAAGUCUAGCGAGGAAAAAGGUCCUGAGAGUUCGCUGGUCUCAUACAUGAAAUGACGAAAAUUACCGUCUCAAUCGCCUUCAUAGUGGCAUUUACGGUGCAAAGUUGUCUGUCCGUGACGCUGUACGAGUAUUACGUCCCUGAUGGCGUUCCAUCCACGGGUCUGGUGGCCGAGGGGGAAACUUUCACCCUGAAACCCCGGCAAGGCGAGUACGACUUCGGGGAGUUGGGGGAGGACAUGUCCCCGUUCCUGGACUUGAGGAGCUUCGUACAGAUGGCGCAGGAGGAAGAUCUCUUCGUAAAUCUCAGGCCCGGGCCCUACAUUUGCGCUGAGUGGGAGUUUGGGGGCCUUCCAAGCUGGCUGCAGCGGGACCCGACGAUGCACGUGCGCACCUACUACGACAACUACCGAUCCGCCGUCGCGGCGUACUUCGGGGCCCUCCUGCCGCAGGUCGCCGACCUCGAGUUUACUGAAGGAGGACCCAUCAUUGCCGUGCAGGUUGAGAACGAGUACGGUCACUUCGGGUACGACGAUGAGCCUCGUGACCGCCUCUACUUGAGCUUCCUGCGGGACUUGCUCCUAGACGGUGGGCUGGACUCAGCCCUACUCUACACCUCCGACUCCACUGUCGACCGACUCGACUGGGGAACACUGCCUGGCUUACUGUUCCAAACGACAAACUUCCAAGCUGCUGCAGAGGAGAAUCUUUCACUCCUCCGAACUCUGCAGCCCAAUCGGCCGCUGAUGGUGUCGGAGUUCUGGUCCGGCUGGUUCGACAAGUGGAUGAAUUCAGGGCACUCAGUGUGGAAUGAAGAAGACUUCACUAGCACACUGGACUACGUAUUGUCGCAGAAAGCGUCUCUCAACUUCUACAUGUUCAUCGGCGGCACGAACUUCGGCUUCAUGACCGGUGACUUCCUCGUCACUUCCUAUGAUUAUGGCGCUCCGCUGUCGGAGGCUGGAGACUACACGACAAAGUACACAAUACUGACCAACCUCAUCGCGCAGUACAGUCCACUUAGCGGCAUUGUGGACAACCCCGCGGGUCCGGAGCAGCGAGCGAAAGCGGAGUAUGGGAAUUUCCCGAUCGCAGAGAGCCUACACUUCGCCUCCCUCGUCAGCCAAGCUCCAGAGAGCUUCGUAAAUGACGAGCCUUUGAACAUGGAGGCGCUGGACAUGAACAACGGCAACGGUCAAUCUUACGGGUACCUCCUCUACUCCACAAACGUGAAGCUACAGGCGCCCCAGUCUGAGCUGCUCAUCAGGGGACACGUCAGGGACAUGGCGCAGGUGCUUCUUAAUGGAGAACUACAGAAUAAACCUUAUGAAGAAAUUAAUGACACGAGCGCGUUCGGAUUUUGGGAUGGAAGGGACAAGAGCAUUGUUCUCCCCGGUACUGGAAACGUUGAUCGUGUUGAAAUCUUAGUCGAGAAUCUUGGACGCGUAAAUUUCGGAGCUGCGCAUCAAUUCUACCAGAAAAAGGGACUCUGGGAGGGCGACGUCUUGGUGGACAGGGAACGCGUUCUUGGGUGGACGAUGACGCCUUUGGAGUUAAAGAAGAGUUUCGUUAAUGGCUUGACGGGAUGGGAGCCAUUCACAGCGUCAGCUAACGGACCAGCGAUGUAUCGCACCACAGUGACGCUCUCAGCUCCGCCGCUGGACACGUUCCUGGACAUGCGCCAGUGGAACAAGGGCGUCGUCUUCGUCAACGGCUUCAACGUCGGGCGCUACUGGUCCGUUGGCCCCCAGCGAACGCUCUACGUGCCCGCCCCGCUGCUGGUCCAGGGUGACAACCAGAUCGUCAUUUUCGAGCAGUAUUCAGCAGCAAGUGAAAUCUCUUUCAUCGACUCGCUGAUCUUGGAAUAAGAAUAAAAUGUUGAAAAUCAUAUUAAGAAUGGUGGGAACUAAAUAAAAGACUACGAGGUUUGUAUUUAUAUUUCCCUCCCACGUGUUUACGUUGUGCAACUAUGAAUGUUAACUGAAACGCA